AAAGAUGAAGGUGUGUUUGGGAGAAAGAUUGUCAGAAAAUGGUUUGGCUUGCUAGACUGCUGACAUGUCUUGCUUGUACAGGAGGAACAUAAGAGGCUUGAAGAAACGGAGAAAAGGGGCCGAGAAGAUCUCAACGAGAAACUCGAUGGCAUGCUGUGGGAAGUUCGGGAAGUCGUCAACCAAAAGGAAAACCCACAAACUCAAAAGGUCAACAUGGAGGCUGACGAGUUAUUCCGGCAAAAGUUUAAGUCAUUUCUUGAACAGUUUGAGCUUCGGGAACUCCAAUUUCACUCGCUGCUUCGCACCAAGGAAUUGGAGGUGCAGUACAACCUGGCAAGAUAUGAACAGCAAAAGAAGGCUGCAGAGCAAGAGGCCAGUAGAUCACGGGCGCUGAGCAGCCAAGUAUCGACGUUCUCUCAAACGGAGACGGAACUCCGAAGUCAGCUAAAUAUCUACGUCGAAAAAUUUAAACAGGUUGAGGAUACGUUGAACAACUCCAACGAUCUAUUUCUGACUUUCCGAAAGGAAAUGGAAGAAAUGUCGAAGAAGACAAAGAGAUUGGAAAAGGAGAACCUCAAUCUUACUCGAAAGCAUGACCUGACGAAUCGCAACAUUCUCGAGAUGGCCGAAGAGCGCACACGUGUCAACAAAGAGUUGGAAAUGCUCCGCAAGAAAAACGCCAAUCUGGAAAAGCUCUGCCGUGGAAUGCAAGCUCAGGGGCGUGGACAGGUCCCUGUCAAUACCGCUACGGCCGAGAUUGAAGAAGGCGAGGAUGAUGGGACUGAAAGCGAGUAUGAAUACGACGAUGAGGAGGAUGAGGAGGGCAGCGAAGAAGGCGAGUAUGAUGAAGACACCGAAGAGGAGGCCCUUCAUGCCGCUCCUACCUCGGAACGGCCGCCAACAUUUGGUCCCGCCCCGCCUCCACCUCCACCUCCGCCGCAACAGCAGCAGCCUUUGCCUAAUGGUCGUCUCCCUGGCGGGGUGGCUGCCGCGGUUAACGGUGCCAGGUAACAGUCGAAGGAUAGACAAAGCAUUAAGAUCGAAGUGCUCUACCUCUGGACUGAAUUACUUUCUUGGUCUAUUACUUUGUGCUAUUAUGUGUCGUCCUUCGUUUCCUAUCAACCUAACCUCAGUGAGUACAUUGUACUCCUACUGUUAAAU